AUGGCUUUAAGCCGCCAAUCUAUCUCGCCCACUGCCAACUUACUCCGGAAUUCCCGCCUCUUCUCGCUCCCGAAUCCGCUCCCACGACCGCCUGUUAGCGAAACCUAUGGCGCGGGCAUCUCCAAGGCCUCCGACACCGCAACGCUUCCAUACCCGACACACCAAGCCAUUGCGACAACAAAGUCCUCGUUAGCACGUGGCGACUGGGGUCUCAAGCGGCCAAUCCCAUCGAGGAGUCACAUAGUACAAGUGAGCGAUCCAGUACUGCGGGUCACUCAACUUGAUACUAUUGAACAUGUUACCGACUUCGACUCAGCGGCAGACCAUGUGCGGACAAGACAAAAAUGGGAAGAGAUGGGUAUGCCUAUGAUGAAGGGCUUGUCGAAAAUAAAGAACCAGGACCUUCAGAAUGAGCCACCACUUGGAGCCUUUGAGGUUCGGGAUGAUACUACGAGUUAUGAUACCGAGAUGGGACUAGAUGAGGCUGGGUUGUACCUAAAGGCACUCAAGAAGAGCAUGAGCAUGCCUGCAAAACAAGCCAAAGAACAAGCCAAACAAGCCAAGGCUCAGUGGGAAGCCUUCGGCUCUACCUGGAACGAGAAAUUGGAAACCAAACGCGCGAGCUUCGAGGCCAGCGGAUGGGGCGAAGAGUUUUUGGCCUUUAAACAAGAGCGAAAGGAAGCAAGGAAGGCUUUGAAGCAGAAGCAGAAGCAGCAGAUGGCAGCAUCACGGACCCCAGGAUCCUUGCCAUUCGUACCUUUCACCCCACCACCUGUAGAUCCAGUCGUUCACAACACCAGGCGGUGGAAGCACGAUGGGCCUUGGCUUCCUGGCAUGAGCGCCGAAGAAUUUGUCUCUUACCUUAACAAACAAAUUACAGGCCGCAAGAAGGAGUUCAAUGAUUAUCUAGUCGAGUACGUCAAGAAUGAGAUCUACACCACCCGUCGACUUGCUGCUACAAAAUCCGGUGAGGCACCACCAAUGGAUGCCCAAGACGCCGAGGCAUGGCAGGAGCAACGAGAGAAGACUUGGCGCCAAAUCACCCAGUCUGAAAUCGAAGCUGGCAUCAAGGCGCUCCGGCAAGAGACCGCAAAGGACCCCUUGACCAGCAAGCUUGUCAGCAAGUUGAUACUUCCCUUCUUGAAGCUACCGGCUAUCAGAUUCAAAAACACAUCCUACAAGGAGGAUGCCUCAAAGCGCGACGUCGAACUGUAUCAAUUUGACCAAGAAACCGCACCCCUCUCCACCCACCCUUCAGCUGGACUCGGCUACCUCCGCCACUACUCUUACAUCGCCAACCACCCCAUUCUCGGUCCCCAGGCCAAGCCCACUCCCAUUCCCGCCCGCCUCAUGCAAGCUAGACGCACAGGCACAUCCAAUGAGCUCUACGCCCGUCUCGGAGUAGGUGGCUUCGUAGCAAACGAUCAAUUCAAGGGCACAGACUACACACCCAGGAACCCCGCCAACUUUGCUAACGCCAAAGACGUCGAAACCAUUGAUGUCGACACGCCUGGUGGCAAGAAGAUCAUGGUGCAGCCUGUAUUCGGUAGCGUCACAAACGAUGGUCGUAUUCACAUCAGACUUGCCCGUGCUACGGGCCCCGAAGUCGCUGUUGCAAGAGGUGAAUUGGAUGACAAGCCACCCGUCAGAGACAACGUCGACAACAAUGACCUGAGGAGCUUGGUCAGUGGGGUGGGUAAGAGUGGGGUGAAGGAGUUGGAUGAGAAGAGUGAGCAGGCUCAGCAGUUCAGUGAGUUUUUGCAACGCGAGAGGCCACAGGGACAUGCACGGCCGCCAAAGGGCUUCCCCGGCAUGGCCGAGGCGUUGAGGGGGAAUUAG